AUGUUCAUACGUGCCUAUGGAAAUGCGAACCGAUCAAGGAAUACCUUUGCACAAUCAAACAGUUUCGAUCUUUUUAGAGCAUUGACUCACUGUGCUCAAUUAUACUACCGGUUAUUCUUUUCACUGGAACCUCAAAAGACCACUGGCGGGCACUUUCCGCCAUAUUCAGUCAGAUUGAGCAAUAAAGAUAAAUUGGCGUGGCUCAAGGCUGUAUCGAGAGGUAACCAAGCGGAUUUAGAUGAAUACAAUAAAUCGUCCCUUAGUAGGUUAAGAAAAAGUGAGGGUCUGGGAAUUGUUUUGAAUGAGAACGGUGAUGCGCUUCUGGUGAGCGUCUUCGCUAAAUCCUUUCAUGAAGGCGAUGAUACUAUUGUACUGCAUAGUGGUCCUUCAUUUCCGCUGAUGAGUGACUCGCUCUGA